AUGAAUCGUUUAAGGGCAAUUGUUGUUAACCUGAGGUUCCUCGAGUCGCCACUCGCCAGCCGAGUCACUGCAACUCGGUCUCUCCUACUCACCCGGAACCAGGUGACUCAUUUCUCUCUCUGCACUCCAUCUCCCCUUUUGGAUAACUCUCACCAUUUUCUCCUUCCCAACAUUCAUCAAAAUCUCUACUUUUCUUCGAAACCAAAUUCCAUUGUUGAACUUGUUUUGACCAGCGAUUGGUCCAAGGGUUUAGAGCAAGAGUUAGAAAAAUGCUAUCCAUCCAUGACCCAUGAAACUGUUGUUUACGUUUUGAAGCGGAUGGAAGCAAACCCAGAAAAAGCUUGGUGUUUUUUCAAUUGGGUCAGUGCCAAAGAAUGGUAUAGACCAAGUUCGUCACUGUAUGGCUUAAUUCUCAGGGUCUUGGCCACUGAGGAGACGAUAAAACUAUUUUGGAUUACUCUACGGACUAUGAAGACAAAAGGGUUUUAUUUUGAUGAAGAGAUGUAUUUUCCAAUAUUAGCGGGUUUUAAAAGAAAAAAUAUGAACAAGGAUCGUGUGUCUCUUACCCGCUUCUAUAGUCAGGGUAUUCAGGAAAAUGCAAUGCAAAUUGUUGUCACCAAGGUGGUUGAUAUCAUUUCAGGGUCUGAAUGGGGUGAUGAGGUUAUGAGUAAUCUUGCAAAGCUUGAAAUUCGGAUGUCGGAUAAUUUUGUAACAAGGGUUUUGAAAGAGCUUAGAAAUUGUCCUUUAAAGGCCUACGAGUUCUUUAAUUGGGUUGGGAAGCAAUCUGGUUAUGAGCAUGAUACAGUGACUUACAAUGCGAUUGCAAGAGUUCUCGCGAGUACUGACUCAAUUGAGAAGUUUUGGAGUGUGAUUGAGGAGAUGAAGAGUGUGGGUCAUGAAUUGGAUAUUGAUACUUACAUAAAGAUAUCAAAGAAGCUUCAAAAGAAUAAGAUGAUGGAGGAUGCUGUCAAGCUUUAUGAGCUUACGAUGGAUGGUUCAUACAAGCCUUCAGUUAAGGAUUGCAGCCUUCUUUUGAAAAGCAUCUCUGCAAGUGAUGAUCCAAACUUGGAUUUAGUUUUCAGGGUUUCUAAGAAAUAUGAGUCAACCUGGCACACUCUCUCCAAGGCAAUCUAUGAUGGAAUCCACAGGUCUUUGUCAGGUGCUGGGAAACUUGAUGAAGCUGAGAGUAUUGUUAAUCAUAUGAGAAAUGCUGGCUAUGAGCCUGAUAACAUCACAUACAAUCAAACAAUUUUUGGAUUUUGUAAGAUGAGGAAGCUUGAUGAAGCAUGUAAAGUGCUGGAGGAGAUGGAAUCUUGUGGAUUCAUCCCUGAAAUUAAGACUUGGACCAUCUUGAUCCAAGGGCAUUGUGUUGCAAAUGAAGUAGAUAGGGCAUUACUUUGUUUAAAUAGGAUGAUUGAAAAGGGCUGCAAUGCAGAUGCUGCCGUUUUAGGUGUUCUAAUAGGCAGUUUCCUUGGUCAAAAGAGAAUAGAUGAUGCAUACAAGUUGCUUGUAGAGAUUGUUAGUAAGCAUGGUACAUCUCCGAGGCACGGUACAUAUGCGAAACUGAUUGAUAACCUACUGGGAAUUGGGAAACUUGAGGAGGCACUUGAUCUUCAUUGUCUGAUGAGGAAUCACGAAUUCACUCCAAUCAUUGAACCCUUUGUGCAGUAUAUUUCUAAGUUUGGGUCUAUAGAAGAUGCUAUAAAAUUCCUGAAGAGUAAGGGAACUCCCCGGUCCCAUUCGGUCUACUUUCGUGUUUUUAAAUCUUUACUCGGAAAUGGUAGACUCUCUGAUGCCAAAGAUCUAUUGAGCAAGAUCCCCUAUAUAAGUAAACGUAAAAAAAUCCUUGAGCUCUUUAGUUCAAUGGAGAAUUGCACGGUGCACGGCCUCAGUCAUAUCAGCCAGUAA